AUGGCUGUCCCCGUUCGCCUGUCCCUCUACACCAGCCAGCCCACCGCCACGCCCUCCCAGCUCCGCUCAUGGCGGCUGACGGGUCAGGACAAGCCCCGCUUCGCCCGCCCUGCACAGGAGCCGGCCCACCCCAGCACUGGGGUUCCUGCUAACGUGGGCCCAGGGGCUGCGGGUGGCUUCGCCCAUGCCUCGCCCCAGGGCCAGGAGGCGCCGCGUGGCAGGGAGGAGUGGCUCCCCCAGGCCCAGGCACACCCCGGCGGCUGGCAGUACAGGCUGCAGGUCCCCCGUGGCGCCAAGAUGCAUGUGGACCUGGUUGGAAAGACCCUGCGUGUGACGGCGGACACCAGAGUGGGAGGAAAGGAUGGCGGAAAGGGCCAGCAGAGCUCCCUGGCCUGGGAGCUGCCGGCCGGCGCAGACCCUCGCCACGUCCAGGCCCUGAUGAAGGGAAAUAUUCUGGGUAUCUGGGUGCGGCGCCUGCCCUGA